CUGUUCAGGUAUUCCGUACCAACAAACAUGUAGCUCGUGACAUGUCGAAGCGGAGGACGGAUUCACACUGUUUUGCUCCGGGUUGCCGAAGCGGCUACCCGGGCGCCCCGAAGGCAUCGUUGUUUGCAGCUCCUAGAGAAGACGAUCUCCGCAGAAAGUGGGAGCGUAACCUCCGGAGGGAUGACAAGCCUCUGACCGAAACAUCAGCGGUGUGCGAACAUCACUUCGAGCCAAGAUAUAUUCUGCGCGAAUAUGUGCACGUGAUAAAUGGCUGUGAAGUGCGCACUCCCCGAGGAAAACCGUCAUUGGUGCCUGAUGCCGUGCCAACGCUUUUGCCAGGUUGUCCAGCGUACCUUUCCGUCGCUGCGCCCAAGCAAAGACCCGAGAGAAGGAAAGCAGCCAAACCUCCUGAAGGCGCAAGCAGAAAACGGCGCAGGCCUGAUGCACCUGACGAAGUGUGCGACGGCGGUGAAAUGGAAGGCAUGGACUUUAAUGCUGCCACUAGUGCGCGACUUUCAAUUGAAGCUAUUCGCACACUUGAAGUUCCUGCAAACUACUGGUGUCGUAUAGAAGCAGUUGGCCACUGCGAUCUAAUAUUUGUGACGACAGUGAUAAGCAAGCGUACAAAACUGGAUAUUUUUCAUGAAAAAGCUGUGUGCUUUAUGUCCACAGAAGGAAAAAUUGUAGCCGAAGUCUUCUAUCAAGGUGUUUUGUGUCAAGAGAAACCCGUGCAAUCCCUUGCUGAGGCCACAUCCGUAUUGGAAGAAGCUCGAGAAAGCCCUGUCUGCAAGGGAGCAAUGUGUAAACAAGAAUUCAAGCCGCUUUCCUCUCGGCUGACCGCACAUCAUCGAGCUGAAGCAAACACUGCUGGACGAUCCGUGAUCAGCGUACGCUGCUUCGGAAAAGUUUCUUCUGAAGGCUCAAGUUGUGCAGAAUGCAAGUCCCUUAGGAAAGCGUUACUGACAAGAAAGUCGUACAUUAACUGUCGUGUACACCUGCCUGUAAAGAAAACCCUUUCUUCACGACUUUUGUCGUUUUGA